UGGAUACCUUUGGUGGAAGCACAAGUAACCAUAGUCGAAGUGGUUGGAGUCUCCGCGGCCUGUUGGGUUGUUUAAUGUAAAAGAAAAGGAAACGUAGCGUUAGAAAGUAUUUGUUACUCCUCGGAAGGAUUAUUACACUACCCGGAAGCCACGUCAAAGCCGCCGUCAUAUGAAACAGUCUGCUAGUCGGAUGGACGGUCUGGUCUGAAGCUCGGUUGGACAGAAGAAGGCAACAAUAAGUAAACAAACAAAGUGAAUGACCAUGGCCUAUUCUAACUACAGCAGCCUGAGCAGGGCUCAGCUUACCUUUGAGUACCUGCACACAAACUCGACAACCCAUGAGUUCUUAUUUGGAGCCUUGGCAGAACUGGUUGACAAUUCAAGGGAUGCCAAUGCCACACGAAUAGACAUCUACACAGAAAAAAGACCAGAGCUGCGGGGCGGCUACUUGCUCUGUUUUCUGGAUGAUGGGAUUGGAAUGGACCCCAAUGAGGCAACACAAGUUAUUCAGUUUGGAAAGUCAAGCAAACGGUCCCCUGAGUCCACUCAGAUUGGCCAGUAUGGAAACGGAUUGAAAUCUGGCUCUAUGCGUAUUGGCAAAGACUUCAUCUUGUUCACAAAAAAGGGCGACACGCUGACAUGCCUUUUCCUGUCAAGGACUUUCCAUGAAGAGGAAGGACUAGAUGAGGUGAUAGUGCCUCUCCCUUCAUGGGAUCUGAAGACCAAAGAGCCUCUAACUUCUGACCCAGAGAAGUACGCCAUAGAGACAGAACUGAUCUUCAAAUACUCCCCUUUUAAAAAUGAACAGCAGCUGAUGGAGCAGUUCAACAAAAUAGAAAGUAGCAGUGGUACCCUUGUGAUCAUCUAUAACUUGAAGCUGAUGGACAACAGAGAGCCAGAGCUGGAUGUAGAGACGGAUCACCAGGACAUACUGAUGGCUGGGAUACUAGUUGAAGGAGUGAAGCCAGAGAAGAGGUCAUUCAGGGCAUACGCUGCUGUGUUGUACAUCGACCCACGCAUGAGGAUUUUCAUCCAGGGGCAUAAAGUCAGGACCAAGAGAUUGUCAUGCUGUUUGUAUAAACCAAGGGUUUAUAAAUACUCAUCGACUCGUUUCAAAACUCGAGCUGAGCAAGAAGUGAAGAAAGCCGAUCACCUUUCUAAGAUUGCGGAGGACAAAGCCAGAGAGGCAGAGAGUAAACGUGUAUCUUUGGAGGCCAGAUUGGGAGAAGACCUGUCAAAAGAUUCACGGGCAAUCCUGAGAAAGGUUCAAGACGCCGCCAUGAUGCUGCGGCGGGAUGCCGACAUGAAGAAAAUGAUUCUCGAAGCCAAACAGAGAGCACUGAAGGAGCCAAAAGAACUGAAUUUUAUAUUUGGAGUGAACAUAGAACAGAGGGAGCUGGAUGGGAUGUUUGUGUACAACUGCUCUCGUCUCAUCAAGAUGUACGAGAAGACAGGCCCACAGCUGGAGGGAGGCAUGGCCUGUGGAGGCGUGGUUGGAGUAGUUGAUGUCCCAUAUUUAGUUUUAGAGCCGACUCACAACAAACAGGACUUUGCUGAUGCAAAGGAGUAUCGACAUCUACUGAAAUCCAUGGGGGAACAUUUAGCUCAGUACUGGAAGGACACUAACAUUGCUCAAAAAGGAAUAGUGAAGUUCUGGGAUGAGUUUGGAUACCUGUCUGCCAGCUGGUCUGCACCUCCAUCAUCAGAAUCUAGAUACAAGAGACGUCGAGCCAUGGAGAUACCACUUACUAUUCAGUGUGACAAAUGUUUGAAGUGGAGAACGCUUCCUUUCCAGAUGGAUGCUGUGGACAAACGCUACCCAGACAGUUGGGUGUGUCUCAUGAACCCAGACAGCAACCAGGACAGGUGUGACGCUCCUGAGCAGAAACAGAAUUUGCCGUGUGGUGUUCUGAAGAAAGACAAGCAAACAGCCGAAGACAAACGUAAAGAGCUGGCAGAGAGAAUCAAACAGCAGCAGGAAAAACUUCAAGCAUUGCAGAAAACCAGCACUAUCAAAUCUGCGGCAGAUGUAAAGAAGCUACCACUUGAGGUCAGCAUGAAACCAACAGAGAGCACCUCUCAGGCAACUAGGUCUUCUGAAAGGUCCACCACACGUCCUCGCUCCCCACCACUCCCAGCUCACCUCAAAACUGCCCAGAGUACCCCUCCAUCUCGUGCAUCUUCUCAGCGCUCCACCCGAACACCCGCAACUCCACCUCAGCCUCGAUCGCGAGCUGCAGCAAAGCCCCCUCCACCUGCAUCAAGGCCUGCACCCAAAGCUUCUGCCAAAACACCCACACCCAGCCGCAGCUCACGGACACCCACCAAAUCCCCAUCAGCCAAACCUGCAGCUGCUGGACAACGCAAAAGAAUCGUAGAGGAUGACAGCGAAGAGGAGGAGGAGGAGGAGGAGGAGGAAGAAGAGGAGAAGGAGGACGAUGACAGUGAGGAGGAAAGUGAAGAGGAACAACCACAGACAAAGAAAUCCAAGCUGGCCGCUGCGGUUUCGAACCGUGGGAAAGUGGUCGAGAAAUCAACACCUCCUAAACGUGGCAAGCUGGACGAGGUUAACAAACGCUCACAACCUGAGAAGACACAGCAGAAGCCGACAACACCAUCUACUGGCCUUAAAUCUGUUUCCGUGCAGCCGCAUGUUGCUAAAGCAAAGGCCCCUGAGAAGUCACCACAGCAGGAACCAGAGAAUGACCCUAAAAAUGCUCAGAGAGAUAAGGGUCUGCUCGUUGAAGUACGUGUCAAUAAGGAGUGGUACACAGGCAAAGUCAUCGCUGUGGAGGCAAAUAAACAAAGCGUACGCUGGAAGGUGAAAUUUGACUAUGUACCUCGAACCACCCCUAAAGACCGAUGGGUGUUUAAGGGCAGCGAUGAUGUCCGGUUGAUGCGGCCGCCAUCUCCCAUCUCUCAGACACCAGACACCCAACAGGAGACAGAGAAGGGACCAGCACCCAUGGAGCCAGACACUACCCAACCAGGAACCAGCCGGGAAGUGACCGACAGUCUAGUCAACAUGUUGAGGACAAUGCUACGCUACUUCUUCCCUCCUGCUUUUCGGAUUCCAAAGGACGAUGUUAACAGCAUGUCAGCUGAGGAGUUGGUGGCCUUUCCUUUGAAAGAGUAUUUCCAGCAGUAUGAGUCAGGUCUCCAGUCUUUGUGUAACUCGUACCAGAGCAGGGCUGAUGCCAGGGCCAAAGCUGUGGAGGAGAAGAGUAACAGCGCUGAGGUCAAACUGAAGGAGGCAGACGAGAAACUACAGAAGCUACGAACAAACAUCGUUGCACUUCUGCAAAAAGUACAAGAGGACAUUGACAUAAACACAGAUGACGAGCUUGAUGCAUAUAUUGAGGACCUCCUGACAAAAGGUGAUUAAAGAUGAAAAAACUCAGAGAAGAGGACCUGCAAAUAAACAGACCGGCAGUUUUCAAUACAGCAGAUACUUUCUGACGGCUCCCCAAAGACUGGUGCUUAUGUGCAGUUGGCUGUGAAUAUUUGGGGCUAUUUUCCUUGUUAAUCCCUCCAUUUCUUAAAUCUGAUUGUCUGUUUGAUCUUUUAUGUUUUCAAUUGUUUGCUCCUGUUCCUUCAGUUUUAUGCAUUGUUGGGGUAACAUUGUGGUUUUCUCUUUAGUCCUUUUUAUAUAGCUGCUUAUAUAUGUAAGUCUAUGUUAAAUCCAUCCUUUCCUGGAUGAUCUUUGGAAUAGUUUGUGUAGGUUUAAUACAAUUUAUGCUCCCUUUAUAAAGUCAACUAAUGCUGUUUAACGGCAGACUACAUUUGUUCUUCUUUUGGUUGAUCGUCAGAUGAAAAUCAGACACAAAUUGACUCAAGACUUGGGCUUGACUGGUUGAUGUCCUGCGCUCCACACUGUACUUCAGCAUUACAAUUUAUUUUUCUACACUAAAACACAUCAGUGUUGGUCAUUACCAUAACCAGGUUAAUGUUUUACGGUUGGGUGAUUUGCCACACCCACAAACAAGAUUUUCUUACUGGGUUUUAUCAGUAUGAGUAUUCCCCUGUACCACUUCCCAAUUUAAACUAUGACUGUUCUGUGUUUACUUUUGGAAGAGAAAAUAAUCUCAUUUAAAUGCAGAAGUUGUGUUCAUUAUUAUUCAGUGCCUGUGUCCCUUUUGAACAGAUUUUUAACAUGUCAUGGAAAAUGUUUUAUUAAACAGUGCAUGCUUUAGUCUUUACGUUCUGAUCGGAAAAAAAUUAUUCUGUAUUUUUGACAAAUCUUUACCAUAAACAAUAAAGCAGGUUCAGUAACAACUUA